ACCGCGGGCCUCGGCUGCGUACGCCCAGGGCCGAAGCGCUCUCGGCAGCUCGACGCCCGCUGGGUGGGCCUUCCUCCGCCCCCCGACGGGGCUCUGAGACGGCGGGGAGGCUUCUGGGCCGCCGUGUGUCCGCCCGCGCCGCGCGUCCCGACGCGGUACGUCGCCGGCGCCGCCGCUUCGCGUCAUGACUUCCGGGAGCCGCAGCCGCCAUCUUGCUCGUGCGGAAGAGCCGCGACUGGGUGGGAGCCCGGAGCCGGAGAGUGCGGACGGGGCGGCCGCCGCCAUGCCGUCGUCGCCGCUGCGGGUGGCGGUGGUUUGCUCGAGCAACCAGAACCGUAGCAUGGAGGCCCACAACAUCCUCAGCAAGCGGGGGUUCAGCGUCCGGUCCUUUGGAACGGGGACUCACGUGAAGCUGCCCGGGCCGGCGCCCGACAAGCCCAACGUGUACGACUUCAAGACCACGUACGACCAGAUGUACAACGACCUCCUUAGGAAAGACAAGGAACUCUACACACAGAACGGCAUCCUGCACAUGCUGGACCGGAACAAGCGGAUCAAGCCUCGGCCGGAGAGGUUCCAGAACUGCAAAGACCUGUUUGACCUGAUCCUCACCUGCGAGGAGAGAGUGUACGACCAGGUGGUGGAAGACCUGAACUCCCGGGAGCAGGAGACCUGCCAGCCGGUGCACGUGAUCAACGUGGACAUCCAGGACAACCACGAGGAGGCCACCCUGGGGGCCUUCCUCAUCUGUGAGCUCUGCCAGUGCAUCCAGCACACGGAGGACAUGGAGAACGAGAUCGACGAGCUGCUGCAGGAGUUCGAGGAGAAGAGCGGCCGGGCCUUCCUGCACACCGUCUGCUUCUACUGAGCCACGCCCGCCACCGCGGCCCCGGUCCACGCUGCCCUUGGUUCUCCCGACCCUGCCUCCUCGCCGAGGGCCGCCGCCCACACCGGGCGCCCUGCCGGGAGGGUGGGCUCCAUGCGGCCCCCAGCCCCAGUGUGGUGCCUGCUCCAGUUUGGAUGUGACAUUAAAGUUCCUUUUCUUUAAGCAAAACCA